AUGAGUUCACUGGAUGAAAUAUCCAAAACAAACUUCACUUCUGAAAUCAUCAAUGCUGUGGAACCUUCUGCAUUGCACCUGAUUGGCGAAUGGGAAUUCUGGCUUUACUCCGUGGUUUUAGGCUGCGUCAUCAUGCUCACCCUUAGCGUCUUCGGCAUCAUCGGCAACGUUUUAAGCAUCAUCAUCCUGACCCGCCACGGCCUCAACGAGACGACCAACAUCUUCUUAAUCUCACUCUCCAUCAGCGAUUUCGUUUGUUCAACCUGCAGUUUGUUUAGGGGGUUAAGAACUAUCGUCGCCUCGUUUGGGCUGGUCGUCAUGCUAAAUUUCGAACUGCUAGCUGAUUUACUGAACCACGUGACUGAAAUCACUGUAUUGGUAUCGAUCCUUCACGUCACAUCUAUAUCCGUUGAACGAGUCGUUGCGGUGUCAUUUCCGUUCGAAGUCGCGAAAAUUUUCACCCGCUACCGUGUCAAAUGUGUAGUUAUUUUUCUAUACGUGUACGGUAUUCUAUUAUACGCGCCGAGUUUUCUGUGUCAUUAUGUAAAAUGGGAGUACGACCCCAGCGUCAAUGCCAGCCUUGGAAUCUGGACGUACACCGACAUUCUGUUAAACAACAUCGACGUGUUCAAGCUGUACAGCGUCCUCUUCCUCACCAUCUCCCUCAUCGUCCUCCCGCUAACCCUCACCCUCAUCUGCUCCUUCAUCAUCAUCCUACAGCUGCAGCUGUUGAAAAACAAAGCGUUGAGCAAAAACUCAUCAAGUCAAGUCAAAGAAAGGAAAGUGGUCAAGAUGCUACUCAUCCUCUGUUGUCUGUCAGUGUUUGCCUUUCUGCCCAGUUCUAUAUUAGACCUGUAUACUGUGUUCUCUGGGUUUGAACGACAUUCCAGUUUUUUUAGGUUUGUCGUCAUCUUAAGUCCAGUUCUCUACCAGGUCAACGCCUCCAUCAACUUUAUUAUCUACAUCACCAUGAGUUCAAAGUUCGCGGAAACUUACAAAUCUUUAUUCAAAAGUAAAUAG